AUGGGAUUUGUCGUCGUCUUCAAGCGUCCAGAAUCUCUCUCCCCCUGGCUCUUCCACUUCAUUUUCUCCAAUCUCUGUUUUUCUUUUCCAAUCAAUGUCGAUGUUAAUAGGAUUCUUAAAAGUUUUGUUCCACCUCCCCUUGAUACUCCUCCUAUAUAAAGCUCUAUCUCUUAACCUAGAUCCAUUAUAAAUAAAACAAAAUCUACUAUGCAGAAACUGCAUCAAUGACUAUAAAAUCCACCACAAAGUCUCAGCUUAUAACCGGAAAAUCUCUCGCUAAUCAUCCACAUCAUAUCCCUUCUAUUUUGUUUUUUCUUUUUGUUUUGGAGUUGCAGAGGAGGAAGUCGGGCGGCCAUGCCUUUCAGAUCACAACGCUCCCGGACCAAACCUGUGUAACAGAUGCAGUUAUUAAUCAUCUUCGAAAUUAAACAAGCAUUUUCACUGGGUGCUCGAAGUACCAGAUGAUUAUAACAGAGACGCAUCUUAAUCGGCCUCAUCUGUUCCUGGUUUCUUAGAAAGUUUUACCAUUCGGCGCCGUAAAGUAGCGCUAGCCGCCGUAAAACCAAUAAGGGAAGCCUGUAACAUCACCAAAAGAGGGGUAUUGAUGGGUGUGGACAUGCUUCUACUAGAUGAAAAGGCAACGUUUAUCCAAGGCUCUAUCAGUGUACAACAGCUAAACACUUUCCGUCUUGGGGAGCUUGACACAUUAUGAUUAACAUACAGAUUGACAGAUACAAUUAUUUUUUCAUAACCGUUCUACCACUGUUUGUCUAAGUUUAUUGGACGCAAAAGACGACCAGCUAAAACAAAAGGUCCUGUUCAUGGGUGUGACAAGCAUUAACUUCUAUUUUGUUGGAGGGAAUCUAACCCUGGAAGCUACAUGUGGGACAUAUUUCUACCUAUGCAAGUGCUGGUGUGACCUUUAUUGCUAGUUUUCCUGUUGGCCACUUUGACUCAUCAAUAAGUUUCCUCAAAGAUGGAUGUGGAAAAAAAUUAGAAACAGUGAGUGUGUCAGAGCUCAACACAUAUGUGGCCACCUCCCUACCUCAGGUUGUAGAGUUCUUGUGCAUUGGAAAAGUGCACGGCAUAUACAAUGCCCAUGGCUGGUGAUAUGUCUCAUGCUCUAAAUGUUAUAAGAAGCUUAAACGUGAGGUUGCUUCACUCACAUGCCCAUCACGUAAUUACUCCAGUGCGGUGGGUGCUUUCAGGUCACAGCAAUCUUGGUGGUGAUGAGCCUUCUCCCAGUAUGAAUGGUGGAAAUAUCUCUAACCAAUCCACCCAAUCCAAAGCAACAGCCACAGUUGAGGAAACUAUUUCUGCCAGUAGUAAUGCAGAAGAACAUAUUCGAGUAGGAUCGUUCAUCUUAUGUUUUACCAUAUAUUUUAGUGUUUGACUCUCUCAUCUUUGUUUCUUAUUUGAACAUUUAUUAUUACUCGAAGUUAUUCGAAUCAUGUUUUGGUUUAAAUAUUAUACAUACGUGAUCAUUAACAAUUUCAAAACAAU